GAUGUUUUCCCACCUCUAGUAGAAACACAUGCUGCCCAUGCUAAGCCGUAUUUUGACUGACUAAACGAAAUGAAGCGUUUGACGGAAGAACGUACAAAAGUUCUCUUCGAGAAACUAGCAAAAUACAUUGGCACUAAUGUUCAGCAAUUAAUUGAUCGACCUGACGGCACUUACUGUUUUCGUGAGCAUAAGGAUCGAGUUUAUUAUGUUUCAGAGCGCAUACUAAAAUUAAGUGAGUGCUUCAGCUACAAACAAAUAGUAUGUGUUGGGACUUGCUUUGGGAAGUUCUCUAAAACCAACAAACUGAAAUUUCACAUCACUGCGCUUUACUAUUUGGCACCCUAUGCCCAGUAUAAGGUGUGGGUGAAACCUUCCUUUGAGCAACAGUAUCUGUAUGGCAAUCAUAUACCUAAAUCUGGAUUGGGUAGGAUUACAGAAAACGCUGGACAAUACCAAGGCGUGGUUGUCUUUUCGAUGAAUGAUUUAGCUCUCGGCUUCGGUGUUUUAGCGCGCUCCACAACCGAAUGCAAAACGGCGGAUCCAUUGACAACUGUUUGUUUCCAUCAAUCUGAUAUUGGAGAGUACAUUCGGGCCGAGGAUUCUCUGUUUUAAUGUUCGUUACUAAGGAAGUUUAAAAACUUAAUUUAUCAGUUUAAUGGCUUUAUGAACUGACAAUGCUAAUAGCUGAAAAAUGGAGAACAAAUUCAGUUUAUUUUAAGUACAUAUUUAAUGAAAGUUAUACAAAUGAAAUAAG